UUGUUUGCUACCUGUUAUCAUUAAAGUUAUGACAUUCUUAUCAUUCUUAAGUACAUUAAGCCAGAUAUAUUAUUUCCUUUUGAUUAAAUAAGGUCUUAUAUAUACUGGGUACUCAGUCACACAUCUAUCUUGCUUAAUUUAACGAUAACUAAAGGUACGUACGGAGGGAUACUUAUUCAAAUGAUCCGUUCCCUGGGAAUAUUGUCAAUGGGAAUGGGAGGCAAAAGCUUCACCUCAGUAAAGCCCUACAGUGUUAGUGCUGAAUUGAAUAAUCGACUAAAGGGCAAAGUUGCUAUAGUCACGGCAUCAACUGACGGUAUAGGAUAUGCCAUUGCAAAGAGGCUUGGAAAUGAAGGUGCAUCAGUGGUAAUAUGCAGUAGAAAAGAGAACAAUGUCCAGAAAGCAGUUAAUGAGCUUCGCAAAGAAGGAAUUACCGUGGAGGGUGUAGCAUGCCAUGUUGGGAAUGCUGAACAGAGGAAGAAAUUGUUUGAUAUUGCUAAUGACAAAUUUGGGGGCCUAGAUAUAUUAGUCUCAAAUGCUGCAGUUAAUCCAGGAGUGUCACCAGUUUUGGAGACAGACGAAAAUGUUUGGGACAAAAUAUUUGAGAUCAAUGUGAAAAGCUCUUGGUUGUUGGCCAAGGAAGCCUACCCCAAUCUUGUUAAGCGAGGGGGAGGCAGCAUCGUAUUUAUUUCAUCUAUAGCUGGCUAUCAACCUAUGUCUCCUUUAGGUGCAUACAGCGUGAGUAAGACAACAUUGUUAGGAUUGACCAAGGCUAUCGCAAAUGAAGUCGUCACUGACAACAUAAGAGUUAAUUGUGUCGCACCAGGCAUCGUUGCUACGAAAUUUGCUUCAGCUAUUACCAGCUCAGAAGCAGCUAAGGAGCAAAGCUUAUCAAUUGUGCCGAUGCAGAGAUUCGGAAAGCCAUCGGAAAUAGCUGCGGCUGUGGCGUUUUUAGCGUCGAACGACGCGAGCUAUGUCACCGGCGAGACCAUCGUGGUGGCGGGUGGCGCUCACGCCCAUCUGUAAUUUAUAUCUAAUGGCUAAAGGCUCCUCUUCACGUUGGGCCAACGCCAACGAGGGACGCAGCCAUGUGGUAGAAUGAGAUAGCAAUAUCACUUGCUCCCUCUAACGCAUAAAUGCGUCCCUCGUUGGCGUUGGUGUUGGCCCAACGUGAAGAGGAGCCUUAAUAGGUAGGGCAACGUUUUUACAGUACAUAUGGUGCUAUUUUACCGCACUAGUGCGGUAAUUUGCACUUUACGUGCCUAUGCCGAAAAUUUAAAGGGCCAUAUGUACUGCAAAACGUUGUACGAUACACGUGCGAAUAGGUAAUUCGCAACUCGUGUCGAUUUAAAACACUCUUUUCGGUCGCGAUUUAAUUUAUCGUCGCGAAUUCCCUACUUUUCCCAAUUGUAUCGUAAUGUACUAUUAAUUUGUUGCACAAUUGAAAAGUAAGCAUACAAUGCCACCUACGAGUGGUAAGCAGCUGUAUACUCCUUGUAACACAUAUAAUGCUCUAAUAUACUGAGAUAUUUAUAUUUUUCGAAGCUUUUAUAAUCGCACAUUUUAGUUUAUAAGGAAAUAUUUCUUGUGAAAAGGUAUUAUGUUGUACAUUGGGCUGUGGCAAUUAAAGUAUGGUUAUAAUGAUA